UUGGGUAUGAUAUUUAAAGAUCCUGAAGAGGGUCUUAGUUUUUAUAAAGCAUAUGCAAAUGCCGCUGGGUUUACUUCUAGGAAAUCUACUACUAAAAGGAAGAAGAAUAACAAAGAUAUAAUUGCUUUUCAAUAUGGAGUUUGCAAUAAGGAAGGUUUUAGGGCAAUAAGAAAACCUAUUGCUCAACAAACAGUUUAUGAAGAAGGAAAAGUUCAUAUUACUAGGAAACGUUUAGUCACUCGUGUAGGAUGCAAUGCUCACAUAUGUAUGAGAUAUGAUGCUGGAAAGUAUGUUGUAACUCAUUUCAAAGAAGAACAUAAUCAUCUUUUAUAUACUCCAAGUUGUGCAAAAUUUCAGAAGGAUAAUAGAAAAAUGCAUAUUAUGCAUAAAAAGUUGAUUGUUGAUAAUUCAAAGGUAAAUGUUGGUCCUGUGAGGUCUUAUACUAUGAUGAAAGAAUUAGCUGGAUCACAUGAUAAUGUUGGUGCAUCUAAAACAAGAUUUCAAAAAUUUUUAUAG